AACGUCGACGGCAAACGUAUGUGUAAGUUCCUAAAAUCGCCGUCACAACCGGGUUCAAAUGAACCAUGUUUCCGUUUCACGAAGCUUAAUUUAAAUCGCUUUGUUUAAAGGCUAUGUUUAUUCGCGUUCAAGCGAAAAUUCGUCGCGAGGUUUAUUAAAGAAAAUUAAGCGAGCGUAAUAGACACCCGGAAACAUAAAUUCGUCGGUACAUCGAUAAAACCAUAGAUGCCACUUUGACGAGGUCAGUACGGCGGCGAAUGUUUCAGUCUUUCGAAGUCUACAAUGCUGUGAGGAGGCACAUUUUCGUUUUUCUCCCCGUUCUCGUUUCUCGUUUCAAUUUCAGUGUUUUUAAUUCGGUUAUUCGUUACGACCUAGCCCACGGAUGAUCAUGUUUACUACUGCGACCUGCUUCUCUAAUCGUCUACGUACCCAACAUUAGGUAAGCCUCGGAAAUUAGUUAGAAACAUCCGUAGUAACCAUCAUUAACAAUCGCCAUUAUGAUGGUAAACGAAAUUCGUUUAAAAAUCGGAACCAUUUUAUGUUCGAAAUGUAUUUAUAUUUUUCCCAUUAAUAUCUCUAUGUAAUAUUUAUAUCAUAGUCAGUUGGUCUAAUCGCCAUAUCUAAAAGAAACUCCAGAUAUCGGUUUCAAUCAACGAUAAUCUACGAUCUUUUGUUUUCUCCCUACACAUCGAUCAUUGAUUUCGUAUGAAACAGUUUUAACGUCGUGUUUCGUGUCGCGCAUACGUUAUACCGUCUCAUAAGGGGAAAUAGAAUAUAGAAAAUUUCUAUUUGCCGUGCGUUGAAGAAACGCGUCGAGGCCGAAGUUCACGGGUAGGUUUCGUCGAUUCGUGAAUUUAAAAUCGGGAGAAAUUAGCGCCCUGAACGGCGCAUAUCGCCGCCAUCUUGUAAAAGUGUCUGUAGUGUUUGGAGGUUUAGCGAGAAGGAACAGCAGCUUCGCCGGAGGCUGGAAGUCCUUUCGAAGUGGUUGCAACGGUCCUUGGCAGUCCCUGGGCACCCAGGUGACCUCGUGCGAGGCCAGGGUACCAUCAAGCUGCUGGGACAACCUCACGGCCGAGAAACUUCAUUUACGCACGUCCGACUCUCGCGAAGAUGAGUUCGGCGUCAACUGGUGGCACCGAGGGGUCUAGUCCAGCCUCUAGUCCGGCCUCAGCUACGAGUCUCACGAUGGCUGCACCAAAAUACGGUACCUUAGUACCGAAUCGCAUCUUUGUAGGCGGCAUUUCAGCUAACACCAGUGUCGAAGAACUUGCUCAACUAUUUUCCUCCUAUGGUAACGUGAAGGCGACAAAAAUAAUCGCGGAUCGCGCUGGCGUGUCCAAAGGGUAUGGAUUCGUCACGUUCGAAACGGAGGAAGAAGCUAAAAGACUUCAGCAAGAGUCCGAGUGCAUCGUGUUGAGGGAAAGGAAAUUAAAUAUAGCGCCAGCCAUCAAGAAACAGCCCUUUAACAGAUCUUUCGAUGGUGGUUCCGGAUCGCCACCCUCCGUACCUACUAGUACUUACUACUUCGCGAACGGUAUGGGUCUGACGUACCAAAAUGGGAUGACGUUCUAUAACACGACGGCUCCGACACCGACGACCCCGAUCGCUCCGCCGACCGACCCGGCUACCAUCUAUCAAGCAACAGGAGUGUUCGGACCACAAGCUGCCGGUCAUCAAACAUUUGCGCCUGUGAUGUACCCGUGCCCUGCCCCGUCUCUCUAUAUGCCACAGCAGUAUCCGUACUCGCCUAUGCCGUACGAGUAUUACGCAGGUGCAGCAUCUGCUGGAGCUUCCCCGUUUUUGUACCAGACGAACAAUUCGCAGAAUAGCACGAGCGGCGGUAACAGCAACUCCGGAAGCGGAAACAGUGGUACCGGUGCGGCCAGUCCGCCGACCGGGCCACCGGCGCCUCUUCCAACGUUACCACCACCGCCACCGGCUCAUUUUUACACUCCCGCGGCUCCGCCGACGCAUCAUCAUCCACCGGUGCCGGCGGGACCACCGCCACCCCAGGAUCAUCUUUGGUAUCCGUUCACGGCUGGCUCUCACCCACCGCUUCCUCCACACGCACCCAUGGGAUUGACCGGAGAUCAACAGCUGUUGCUCUACCCCCCCGACGCCACGUGCCAGCAGACGUCCUCCUCCGAAGGCCAAGCUGCUCCUCAGGAGGAUUCUCGUUCGACAUCGAGCCAUUCGGAGCAGGCACACAGUGAAGCGCAGGCUGCUUCAGGCUCGGCCACACCCCUGGUGUCCUUAAUGCCCGUCAAAUUUCCUAUGUCCGGUCGUUACACGAAUUUUCAUCCGAUCGCGAUACACACCGCUAACUUGUAUAGUUCGCAAUCCUGUCUAAACGAGACUGACGAUUGCGCCGGUAAUCAGAUGCAUUGCAGGGCGAUCGUCUAUCACCCGGCGACCGUAUACAUUCCUCAUACCCACACUCCCACUUACCACAAUGCUUCUGGCAGCGCUAGCUUGCUACCGACACCGGUGUCGUCGGUGUCGCAGCAAUUGUUCGAUUCUGGUCACAACGCGAAGGGUCAAUGCUAUAGUUCCAAGGACUACGCGAAAUCCGCUGCCCCGAACGGUCCAACUAGUCACGCGAAGUCGCAUAGUCAACAAGGGUUCGCGUUCUCACAACAGCAAACGAAUAAUCCGUACGCGCGCGGUCAGAAUUCGUACAGGCAUAACGCGGACGUGGGUUACAGCAAUAAGUACAUGCCGGCGUCGACAAUGCCGGCGAUGAACUCGCGGUUCUCCGCACAAUACAAUAAAAGAACGGGUGGUUCGAGCGUGGGCUCCCCGGCUUGCUUCGUGGCACAAAAAUCGUCCGACUACUGCAAUCCUUCUUACGCGCAGAAACCGUCUAGCAGCUACGCCGCGAACUCGUACAGCAUCAUGAACGCGCAGAAAUUCAAUUCCUCGCUAAGCUUCGAUUACGCGAACGGUCGUAGAAUGAACACCAGUGAUCAUCCGUAUCUCGAUAGAUCGACUAGCUAUUCGGCUCGUAGAAACUAUAGAAACAACGGAGCGACAAACGGUGCCGCUGGACAGGUUGAAACCGGUGAUAGUAAUAGUCAACCGUCGGAAGUCGAAACGAACGCGAACGCGCAACAGGGAACGACAUUGACAACGACGGCGAUGACGACGGUGACGACGACGACGACGACUGCGGUGACAGCGACGGGAACGGAGGAUAGUAGCAAUUCGGAGAGGCCGGUGAGCCCACCGCCAGCGCCGUACUCUCCCAUGACAAGACCUCUCCCAACUCUGUCCCCGCCCACCUCCCAGGUGCAGUUCUAUGCCCCGAAUCGUUACCAGCCAUCCUUAGCCCCGUCCCAACAUCAGCACCAGCAACAACAACAGCAGCAGCAGCAGCAGCAGCAGUCAUCUUCGACGAACGCUCAGCGACGUUACACCAUGGCACCGACCCUUUCGGCGAGCAGAAAGACGACGGAAAAGUAUUCGACGUCCGGCAACCAGCCGAAUACCACGACGAUACUCAGGCAGAGCAAGUACAAGGUGAACGGGAUCAUGCAGACCGGAAGUAAAGUGACCGAUGACAAUCUCGGCGGUGCCGGCGAUGCUCCACCGGGUGUCGGUAGGAUGCCGCUUACUCCGCCGGGCACGCCGAGGACCCAUCCGGGACAUCCAGCUGGCGAUCAAAAUCAGCUGAGUGACACGUGCCAUCAGAUGCAAGCAUUGACCCUUUGA